CCCCUGGACCUCUGCGCCUCCCACUUCUUGUUGUCCAACUUGGCGGAGUCUCACCACCGCGCCCCACUUCUGGCGAGCGGCGGCGGCGGCGGCGGCUCCAGGGCGCCCCCGGAAGACCCGUCCAUGUUCCAGCUGCCCACCCUCAACUUCUCGCCGGAGCAGGUGGCCAGCGUCUGCGAGACGCUGGAGGAGACGGGCGACAUCGAGCGGCUGGGCCGCUUCCUCUGGUCGCUGCCCGUGGCGCCCGGCGCGUGCGAGGCCAUCAACAAGCACGAGUCCAUCCUGCGCGCGCGGGCCGUGGUGGCCUUCCACACGGGCAACUUCCGCGACCUCUACCACAUCCUGGAGAACCACAAGUUCACCAAGGAGUCGCACGGCAAGCUGCAGGCCAUGUGGCUCGAGGCGCACUACCAGGAGGCCGAGAAGCUGCGCGGCCGCCCGCUCGGGCCCGUGGACAAGUACCGCGUGCGCAAGAAGUUCCCGCUGCCGCGCACCAUCUGGGACGGCGAGCAGAAGACGCACUGCUUCAAGGAGCGGACUCGCAGCCUGCUGCGGGAGUGGUACCUGCAGGACCCCUACCCGAACCCCAGCAAGAAGCGCGAGCUGGCCCAGGCCACCGGACUGACCCCCACGCAGGUCGGCAACUGGUUCAAGAACCGGCGACAGCGGGACCGCGCCGCGGCGGCCAAGAACAGGCUCCAGCACCAGGCCAUCGGGCCCAGCGGCAUGCGCUCGCUGGCCGAGCCCGGCUGCCCCACACACGGCCCGGCGGAGUCGCCCUCCACGGCGGCCAGCCCCACCACGAGCGUGUCCAGCCUGACCGAGCGCGCGGACACCGGCACCUCCAUCCUGUCGGUCACCUCGAGCGACUCGGAGUGUGAUGUAUGA